AUGGCCUUAGCCCCCGCGGGCGGCCAGCACGCGCCAGCGCUGGAGGCCCUGCUCGGGGCGGGCGCGCUGCGGCUGCUCGACUCCUCGCAGAUCGUCAUCAUCUCUACCGCGCCCGAUGUCGGCGCCCCGCAGCUCCCUGCCGGCCCCGCCGCGCCGCCCACUGGCCCUCGCGAUCCUGACGUGCUGCUCUUCGCCACGCCGCAGGCGCCCCGACCCGCGCCUAGUGCACCGCGCCCGGCUCUCGGCCGCCCGCCGGUGAAACGGAGGCUGGAUCUGGAAACUGACCAUCAGUACCUGGCUGGUAGCAGUGGGCCAUUCCGGGGAAGAGGCCGCCACCCAGGGAAAGGUGUGAAAUCUCCGGGGGAGAAGUCACGCUAUGAAACCUCACUAAAUCUGACCACCAAACGCUUCUUGGAGCUGCUGAGCCGCUCAGCUGACGGUGUUGUUGACCUGAACUGGGCAGCUGAGGUGUUGAAGGUGCAGAAACGGCGCAUCUAUGACAUCACCAAUGUCCUGGAGGGCAUCCAGCUCAUAUCCAAGAAGUCCAAGAAUCAUAUCCAGUGGCUAGGCAGCCACACCAUGGUGGGGAUCGGUAAGCGGCUUGAAGGCCUGACCCAGGACCUGCAGCAACUGCAGGAGAGUGAGCAGCAGCUGGACCACCUGAUGCACAUCUGUACCACACAGCUGCAGCUGCUUUCCGAGGACUCCGACACCCAGCGCCUGGCCUAUGUGACCUGCCAGGACCUUCGCAGCAUCGCAGACCCUGCAGAACAGAUGGUCAUAGUGAUCAAGGCCCCUCCGGAGACCCAGCUCCAAGCUGUGGAUUCUUCAGAGACAUUUCAGAUCUCCCUUAAGAGCAAACAAGGCCCCAUUGAUGUUUUCCUGUGCCCUGAGGAGAGUGCGGACGGGAUUAGCCCUGGGAAGACCUCAUGCCAGGAGACAUCCUCUGGGGAGGACAGGACUGCAGACUCUGGCCCAGCAGGGCCUCCACCAUCACCUCCCUCCACAUCCCCAGCCUUGGAUCCCAGUCAAUCCCUGUUGGGCCUGGAGCAAGAAGCAGUAUUGCCACGGAUGGGCCACCUGAGGGUCCCCAUGGAAGAGGACCAACUGUCACCACUGGUGGCUGCUGACUCACUCCUGGAGCAUGUUAAAGAAGACUUCUCUGGGCUCCUCCCUGGGGAGUUCAUCAGCCUCUCCCCACCCCACGAGGCCCUUGACUAUCACUUUGGUCUCGAGGAGGGUGAGGGCAUUAGAGAUCUCUUUGACUGUGACUUUGGGGACCUGACCCCUCUGGAUUUCUGACAGAAGCCUAGGGAUUCAGGGUGUCUGAAGAUGCCCACCUGUCUGCAGCUUUGGAGCCUCUGCCCUGGGCCUCCUUCCUGCCUCGUUGGAAUAGCACGAUCCAUACCCUCUGUCCAGUAGCUUCUAGCUCUGGGGUUUGGUUGCUGCCACAUUGAGCAGACCAAAAGGGGAAGGAUGUUGUACAGUGUGUGUGCAUGCACCCCACACUGCGCACUGUGUGCCUGGGGUGU